AUGGCAUGGGUCAUAACCUGGAUAUCUGUACACGAGGCGCUCUGUGACAGCAUAGAUACAAGAACCGCCCUUGAGCAGCUCAGAGAGCUCGUCUCUGAUGCCAACAAAUACAUCAACUCCAAGAAUGAGUUGAACGGACAGCUUGUGUGGAACAUCAGCAGCUGCGUGUCGCGCAUAUUGGGCGUCUUUGGUGUGACGCUUUCUUCUGCUGGCGCGGACGGCAGUCAAAGCGACGACGUCCUACUUCCGCUGUGUCAAGUGGUUGCGGACUUGCGGGAAAAGUUACGCGGGUUGUCCCGAGAGCCUUCAACGGAUGUGAAGGAGCUGCAGAUGAAGCAGCUGCAGCUCUGCGAUGACAUCCGGGACUCUUUGCUGCCUCCCUUGGGUGUGCGUCUCGAGGACAGUGAGGGCAGGGCGCCCUCUAUUAAAAUUGUAGACCCUAAGGAGCUCAAGAAAGAGAUAGCGGCCAAGAAAGCUGCUGAGGAGGAAAAGCGAAUGGAAAAGCAGAAGAAAAAACAAGCUGCUGAUGCUAAAGCUGCUCAAGAGAAAGCUAAAGUCAUGGAGGUGGGCUCUCGAUUUUUUAUUCUUUUCAGUUAUUUAUUAGUUUUUAGAUUUAUCAUUAAUAAAAAACUUCCUGCUGUAAAAUAAACUGAUGGAAUUUCCGAUUUUAAAAAAAGUAAGUCUUCCACUCACUACACUUCUACAGGUUAAUGGGCAAGACUAGCAUGUGCGUCUUUUUAUUGAUGUAUUUACGAAAAAAGUUCAUUUAUCGACAAAUUUGUGUAGUGUUUGGUAUGUGAUAAGCAGUCUUCUAUUACAGCCUCCGGGUCAACAAAUUUGUCUAGUGUUUGGUUUGUGUU